GUCUUGUUGUCAUAGAAGAGACGUUGUGAGAACGUCAUGCCGUUUGCAAGAUUUGUAGAACCUGGGCGCGUUGCCCUAGUAGCCGAAGGCCCUUUGAAGGGAAAGUUAGUGAGUGUUGUCGAUGUCAUUGAUCAGACUCGCGCACUAGUUGAUGGACCCGGCAGCGGCGUUGCUAGACAACAAAUACGUCUAAACCAACUACAUCUUACCAAGUUCCGUCUAAACUAUCCAUUCACAGCACCUACACGUGUUGUAAGGAAGGCAUGGACAGAUGCUAAACUUAAUGAAAAAUGGACUGAGAGUCAAUGGGCACAGAAACUCGCUAACAAAGAAAAGCGCGCACAGAUGACAGACUACGACAGAUUCAAGCUAACAGCAGCCAGAGUCAAGAGAAACCGUGCUAGGACGGCGGUAUUCAAGAGCAUGAAAGUGAAGGCGGCACGUGCCGGCACAUUUGGCAAGAAGAAGAUCCCUAAAACCGCCGUCAAGAAGCCACGCACGAAAAAAGCCGUCUCCAAAAAGCCAGCUAAGAAGUAAUUUAUUUGUGUCUGCAAGUUACAGUGCUAGUAUCUAAGGACAUAUAAAUAAAAGAUUACUUUUAGCU